GCACCCCUCAGCAGUCUCUCUUUCCAUAACCUCAUCGUGGCGGUACUAUGUAGGUAUGCACCAGAAUGGGCACUUCACAGCACCGAGUACUCAGCAUAUAGUAUAUAGUAUUUAGCAGGAUCAGCUUCAUCUACAGAUUCAAAAUGCCUUUACACCUGCUGGGCAAGAAAUCAUGGAAUGUCUACAACCCUAAAAACAUCGAGCGCGUGAAGCAGGACGAAGCAGCAGCCAGGGCGCGGGAAGAAGCAGAAGAACAAAGACAGCAGGAAGUCGACGCCGAACGUCGUCUUGCGAUUCUACGCGGCGAGGUUCCACCCCCAUUACCCCCUCCGAGCGCCGACGACGACGAGACUCCUAAGCGGAAACGAGAUCGUGACGACCCGGCACCAUCCUCAAAUCUCGGCAGAGAACGCAAGGAACCGAAAAGGCGGAAGCGCGCGGGAGAAGACGACACGGACUUGGAACUACGGCUUGCGCGCGAGCGAGUGGGACCUUCACAGGGCGCCAGCGCCAACGACGCGCUUGCGAGGAGUAAGAGCGAUGCCCCGGUGGUAGACCAUUCCGGUCACAUCGACUUGUUCCCGGAAGAGCGGACCCGCGCACAUUCCCACAAGAACGAGGAGGCAGAGCAAGAAGCCGCCAAGAAAAAGCGUGAAUAUGAAGACCAGUACACCAUGCGCUUCUCGAAUGCCGCAGGCAGAGGUGGACUAGACGGCCCCUGGUACGCGAAGGGCGGAGAUAUGAAAAGCGUUGUGGCCGAGAGCCUCGAAGCGCCGAGCAAGGACGUGUGGGGCAACGAGGAUCCGCGGCGCAAGGAGAGAGAAGCCGCACGCGCUGUCGCUAAUGAUCCUUUGGCCAUGAUGAAACGGGGCGCCGCGAAGAUACGGGAAGUCGAGAAGGAGAGACAGAAGCUCAACACAGACAGGGAACGAGAGCUCAAACAGCUCCGGAGGGAAGAGAAGAGACAGGAGAAGAAACAGGAGAAGAGGCGGAGACGAGAAGGUGGAACUAGCCGUGAUGCCGAUCUCGAGGGAUUCAGUCUUGACGGCACCAGUUCAAGCCGCGCCGAGCAACAAGCUAAGAAAGACGACGAUGGCGAUCACCGUAAACGGCAACAUGACCGCCAGUCCCGGGAUGAAGGCAAACGAGCUCAAGCUCAAGACCACACUUCGGAGCAUAGAGAGCAUCGACAUCGGCAUCACGAUGAACAUCGAGACCGUGAUAAGCGCCAGGGGUCCAAACACGACCGCCGGCGGGCAGGAAGGGCGGACAAUUAUUAACAUCGCAUCCCCAUCGCUUCCAUUAGUUAGUUAUUAGUGCUUAUAUUAGAUACCCCCCAUGCUUUGUAGACGUGUUCGAUGCUAAUGUAUUCAUCCCGAGACGGAUACUAUUUGU